CUGGAAAUGUACAGACAACACGAAACAAGCGCGUGACAAAGAUAUUGGAUAUUGGAAAUGGGUCGUUUGUGUGAAGUAUGCUUCAGAAACAUUCCAAUCCACCUCUCGGUUUAGAACGGAUUCAUCGAUAUUUUUGUUACGUUUGUGGAACUCUUCUUCCACACAAGUUGGAAGUUCGAGAUAUAUUAGUAUGCCGAAAAUGUAAAUCAUCUACAUGUAUGAAUUGGUUCAGUAAUAUGGAUGCAACUUUCAAUACUGAAGCUAAAUCUGGCAAAAUAAACCAAUUUAAUGAUGAUGAGUAUGAAUCCACAUCUUUAUUCUUUCCAUCAAUGAUUAGAGGAGCUAAAAAGAUCCUAAAAUCAGAAAUUGCUUUAAAGGAGGCUUUGGAGUCACAAUUUGAAAACGGUACAUCACAAUCAACAUUUGAUGGACCAACUAUUAGAAAAGAAUGUGCUUAUUGUGGCAAUGAUAGAAUGACUUAUGUUACACUUCAAACUCGUUCAGCAGAUGAAGGACAAACUGUAAUAUAUACUUGUACCCAAUGUUCUAAAAAAGAAAUUGAAAAUACUUGA